AGUAAGUUACACAUAGGCUUUGACAGAUGGACCACCACCAAAGGCGGCAAACGUGGUUUCGUUGCUGUAGUUGCUCACUACGCCAGCAAGGACGGCUUUACUAUAGACCUUCCCAAUGCGCUGCCGCAGCUGGUUGGAGCUCAUACUAGCCAGGCAAUAGCUGAAACUGUUGCAAAAUUCCUUCCGUACUUCGGUAUCAAUUGCAGCAAACUCGGCUACUUUGUGUUGGGUGAUGCAUUAUCCACAUGUCUCCAAACCUGCAAGGCCCCAAGAAACGGCGCCAUCAAGCUAUUCGCAUACUUACCCCUCCCAUACGCGCCCGUCCCAAACGCGCCCGUCCCAAUACACUUUACAGCAUCCUUUCGGAUAUCCUUGGUAGAGUAA